AUGUCAGAGAAUACGCAAUCGAUCAGUUGGGGUCUCUCAAACGCUCACAUCUACCGAAUCUACAACAAGAAGCACUCUAUCAAAGCAGCGGUCAAGGACUUCAUGGGUUUGGCAGCAUAUGGAAGGUGGUCUAGAUGCAGUCUUAAGGGGUUUAAGAAGGAGAUCCGCUCUAUGUUUAGCAAUAUCGACGAGGUUAAGACCGCAGAAGACCAUAUGUACGGACUGAAGCAGACUAGUAGCGCCCUCACGUACACUACGGAGUUCUAA